ACGGAGCUCCAGAGUAAAAGGCCGCGUUUGAGAGGAAGAGAAAAUUACUGCCCUGGGUUGUGCUUUUGCCGAGAAAGGCCCAGCGAACAGUUAAAUAAAUGUUUAAAAACAGUGAGAUACUUGCACAUUCUUGCAUGAGGUAAAAAGCGAUGCUUGUAAGGUGCCAAAACAAUGUAUUUCAUUGCCUCCAGCGUCUAACGAAUUAGCAAAUGUUUCAGUUCUUGAGCAUCCUCAGUCGUCAUCUACUGUUUCCAACUUCACUUUGAUGCCACACUUCAGAAAUUUACUGAACUGGCUGUUUUGUUACUGGGGCAUGUGAAAAAGCCUCUGGACCUAUAAAAAAAUCUUCAUGGUUUUAUGGGUCCCUGCUUUGAGAAUCUUGUCUGCAAUUUGCAAAGAUGGGUGUGGUUGUUAAUUCAGUAAAGAGCACAAGAAAGAGCAUGUUUCUGAUUGCAGGUUUUGACAUAUUUUGGAAAUGGUUUCCUUCCCUAUUAGAUAAUAACUGGAAAGGAAAAUGUGUGGAUAGGAAGAUGUAUUACAUUAAAACUGUAUUUCCCUUCUGCUCAUGGUUUUGGUUCUCUAAUAUGUGAAUAUCUUCCCUUUUGUGCAGUUUUUGCUGUUGAGUUCUUGUAGUUGUACAUCAUGUCUGGAGAAUACAUCAAAUAAUCUGUGGUCUUUUAGGAGAUAAUUAACAUGUAUGCCCUGCAGUGGUUUUGUGUGUACCAUAGAGAACACUUGAAGGGGAAGUGUCCUGAAGAUGGAUGGGAUGAAAGCACCAUUGAAUUGUUUCUUCAUGAACUUGCUAUAAUGGAUAGCAAUAACUUCCUGGGCAACUGUGGCGUUGGUGAGAGGGAAGGAAGAGUGGCGUCAGGUCUUGUUGCCCGAAGGCAUUACAGGUUGAUCCAUGGAAUUGGAAGGUCAGGUGAUAUUUCUGCAGUACAGCCCAAAGCUGCAGGUUCCAGCCUUUUGAACAAACUUACUAAUUCAGUAGUUCUGGAUGUUAUAAAACUGGCUGGUGUCCGGACAGUGACCAGUUGCUUUGUGGUUCCUAUGGCAACAGGCAUGAGUCUAACUCUGUGUUUUUUAACAUUGAGGCACAAGAGACCAAAGGCAAAGUACAUUAUCUGGCCACGUAUAGACCAGAAAUCUUGCUUUAAAUCAAUGAUAACUGCAGGUUUUGAGCCCGUGGUGAUAGAAAAUGUAUUAGAAGGUGAUGAGCUACGGACAGACCUCAAAGCAGUGGAGGCCAAAAUCAAGGCUCUUGGUGCUGAAAAUAUUCUUUGUGUGCAUUCUACAACAUCUUGCUUUGCUCCAAGGGUACCUGACAGGCUGGAGGAGCUGGCUGUAAUUUGUGCUAAUUAUGACAUUCCACAUAUUGUCAACAAUGCAUAUGGAGUUCAGUCUUCAAAAUGUAUGCAUCUUAUCCAGCAGGGUGCUCGGGUUGGCAGAAUAGAUGCUUUUGUUCAGAGCUUGGACAAAAAUUUUAUGGUUCCAGUAGGUGGUGCUAUCAUUGCUGGCUUCAACGAGUCCUUCAUUCAGGAGAUCAGCAAAAUGUAUCCAGGAAGAGCAUCUGCGUCUCCUUCUUUAGAUGUCCUCAUUACACUUCUGUCUCUGGGAACCAGUGGCUACAAAAAGUUAUUGAAAGAGAGAAAGGAGAUGUUUUCGUAUCUUUCAAGUGAGCUGAAGAAGCUGGCAGAUAACCACAAUGAGAGACUGUUAGACACACCACAUAAUCCCAUUUCCUUAGCCAUGUCGCUGAAGACUCUAGAUGAAACUAAUGAUGCUGCUGUUACCCAGCUUGGAUCUAUGCUUUUCACAAGACAAGUUUCUGGAGCAAGGGUUGUUCCCUGUGGGUCUGUACAAACUGUGAAUAACUACACUUUUAAAGGCUUUAUGUCACAUACAAAUAACUAUCCUUGUGCUUACCUCAAUGCUGCCUCAGCAAUUGGAAUUAAAAAGCAAGAUGUAGAUGUAUUCCUGAAAAGACUUGACAAGUGUUUGAAGACUUUUAGAAAAGAAGCAAAGCAAGAAAAAAGUACAAAUGAAAUCAGUGAUGCUAACACAGCCACAGAACAACUUGAAGACUAGAAGAUACAGAUUUAGUAACACAGGAAGAUAAGGUUUUGUCUGAAGUAUGUCAGGUUUGUAUUGGGUUAGGACUGUGCAUCUGCAAUGCAGAAAUUUAUUCUUGAUCUUAUGUUCUUUUUAUUGAAAACAGUAAUAAAAAUUUGGAUGGAAUUCAAGAAAGUAGGUGAUACUCUCCAAGGACAAAGGACCAGACACACGUUUUUUGCAGUGUAUGAAAUGCACUUAAUAUCUGCCAAAGUAAAGCUUUUUGUUCAAAGA